GUAAAUUUAGGCGGCGUUUUUGUGAGAGAAAAAACGAUAUACCCCUCUCUCUUCGUGGAUGGGGCAAAUACGGAACUUGACCUCGUAUCCCAGGCUUUGCGGGUUGAUAAAGAACAAGGGAGAAGAAAUAUGGAGGCUCACUGGACUUCGUAUUUUCUGGAUGAAGAUUGGAAGUGGCUAACCGAGAACAAAGUAAACUCUUUGAGGCUUCCCAUCGGAUUCUGGAAUAUUGACGGUGGGAAAUAUACUACAGGUACAAGCUUUGCGGAGUUUUCAGAGAUGUACCAGAACUCUUGGCUGAUUAUCAAGUCUCACUAUAUUGAACCUGCCGCCAAAAGAGGAAUUUCCAUCUUGGUUGACAUUCAUGGGGUACCUGGAGGUGCCAACGUUAAUGAUCACAGCGGAGAAGUAUACGGUAGUCCAGAGUUCUGGAUCACCCCAUCAUUUCAAAAUCUCUUGAUUGAAGCGGCAGUCUUUGUUUUUGAAGAUUUGAAAGAGUACGAUAACAUAUCUGGAGUCCUGUUAAUCAAUGAGGCUUCAUACGACUUUAAUUCAGAACAGCAGAACUUUUACGCUAAGGCAAUUAAUGCUAUACGUGAGAAAGAAAAGACAAUUCCUGUGGUUAUCUCUGAUGGCUGGAAUCCAGAUUCAUGGAUCCAGUGGGUCAGUAGCAAUCAGAACCCUAAUGCUCCAGCGGGCAUAGUAGUGGACCACCAUGUUUACAGAACCUUUACUCCAGAAAACAAAUUACGAACAGCACAAAAGAUUAUUGCCGACUUGUAUGACGACUUGCUUCCCAGUGUAAACAACAACGGGAAUGAUGUGGAUUUUAUGGUUGGUGAAUGGUCAUGUGUUAUGGAUAGCGAGACAUGGUCAAAGAGUGGAGUCAGCCCAUCAGACGAUAAUGACCCUGGGCGUAAGAAGCUUGUGGCCGAGUUUGGUAGCAAGGAGUUAGAACUUAUCAUGAAACGAGCCAGCACCGGAUCGUACUUUUGGACGUACAAAUUUGAGUCGGGUAAUGGAGGCGAAUGGGAUUUCCGCCAGCAGUUGGGCCAUGGAUUUAAGGCUCCCCAAGUAUCGGUUCCAGACAACUCAACUUUCAAAACCACUCUCGACAGAGAAUACGCUGCGCAUGCAGACUACUGGGACAGCCGUCUCCCCAAAGAGACAAAUGACCACGAAAGGUACAAGGAGGGGUUCAUUGCAGCGUGGAAAGACGGUGUCACAUAUGCGAAGGUCGGUGCUUUGGUGGGAAGAAAGCAAGCUGUAAAGUCUGUCAGAUUGCAAGAACAUUUGCAGAGCAAAGGAGACCUGAAGUACUUAUGGGAGUGGAAGCAGGGUUACGACAAGGGCUUGGAAGAGUUCAAUAAAAAUGCUCUUCAAGCAGCCGAAGGGACAGAGGCUUGAAAUUGAGACGAUCUGGUUUCG